AUGUCUGAUGAGAAGGAGUCAAUCCAUAGGGACUCAUUGUCCGUGUCUAAAGGCCCCGCCCUCGAAGUCGAUGACCAGUUCGCAGUCCGCCUUCCCGAGUCCCUUGCCAACCUCACCGAGGCCGAGCGCGAGGCUGUCGCAAAGAGCGGGACGCGCAAGGUCGACAUCAUGCUUAUUCCAGGCCACCUCUCUUCGGCAAAGGUCGCCGGCCUAGCGGCCGACCUGGGACUUACCACUCAGCAGUACAACACUUGUGUCUCUGUCCUCUUCGCUGGCUAUGUCGCGCUGCAAAUUCCCUCGAACAUGAUCGUUGGUAAGAUCACGCGGCCCGGUAUCUACAUCUGCUGCAAUGCAGCGUUGUGGGGGUUAGGGGGUUAG